CUAGGAUUAUCAUCUUCUUGAAGUAUUCGAUUCCAAUCGAUUGGUAUCCUGAUUUGUAGUGCUCAGGCCGAUACUACGAAUAAAUGUGUCCACACAGCUCUGAACUGUUAAAAAAAAGACCCAGUGUGAGUUGUCGAAAUAUCAUACCAUUACAGAUUGUCAAAAGGGUGUUUUCCUACCUGUUUAAUUGGUAAAGUUGUUCUAUGUUGGCACUAAUGUUUUAAACAAUGCAGUAUCUCGAGAUUAUGUUAAUGUAAUGGCAUCAUUUGAACUCACGGUUUCUCGUAACCUGCAAUGUCCAAUUUGUUUAGACCUUCUCAGUGAUCCUAAACAGUUAUCAUGCACACAUACGUUCUGUAAAAAAUGUCUUAGUGAUAUUCUAGCAUGUUCAUCAAAAGACGAGGAAAACACAUUAAUAUGUCCAAUAUGUCGUGGCACAACGCAUGUAAGGGAUGGCAAUAUUGUAAAUCUAAAUACAAACGUUCCUCUUAUGUCCCUUGUUGAUGACGUCAGGAACAGUCAACAGCUCUGUGAAAUGUGCGAUACGCAAUCAAGAGCUGUACACUUCUGCUGCGACUGCGGUAAGAAUAUGUGUAACGCAUGUCUUGAGCUGCACGGCAAAUGGCCACCUCAUCUCAAACACAAAGUAGUGGGUGUCGAAGACAUCAGAGAGGGCAAGGUGGUCCUAAAGAAGAAGGUCUACUGUCAAGAAGAAGUACACGAAUCAGAUGACGAAAAAUAUGUAUGUAAAGAUGUAUGCACUACUUGUAAGAAGCUUAUAUGUAUGAGAUGCAUAUUCUACCACGAUAAGAAAGGCCACACAGUUCAAGAUGCGGGGGAGUACAAUACUUCCUUUAAGAAGAACAUUGAAUCCCUACAGGCUCUGGGUAAGACCAAAGCGACAACCGUCAAGAAUCACAUGACAUGUGUUGAUAAUCAGCUGAAGCGUGUCACUGAUCACAUCGAUGGAGAAAAUGCUAAAAUGAACAAGAUAUGCGAAGAGGCUAUCAACAAAAUAAAAGAGAGGAAUGCGAUCAUGAACAAGCAAUUCAAUGCACAGAAAGAGAAGUUAUGUCAAAUUUUGAAAAACAUGAAAGUUGCUGAUGAGAGGUUGGUUACGAGUAUUGAGAGUGCGAGUGAAUUGGCGAGUAAUAGUUUGAAAGCCCCACUAGAAGGGGACGCUGUUGCCAUUCGUGAUUCACUGUCUGGUGAAUUGAAGAAUGUACUACAUCAAAAUGAUCCCAAGAAGAAGCUUGCUAGUGAUGUAGCUGAUCGUGCAGAGGAACUGACGUUUACACCAAUCAGCCAUCCUGAUCAAUUAUCCAUGGGUGAACUCCGGUUCGUAAAAUGCGAGUCGAAAUGCAAUGUUACACUAUCAAAGAAAGGUAGUAUGGAUGUCAUGGCUGCUAUGAAAAACGGUAAGAUGGCUGUUGGAUUUUGCAAAGGAGGGAUCGAAAUCUUCUCUGAGGUUGGGGAAUUGCAGCAGACGGUGCUCAAGGAUAUUAGUAUCCGUGGGUUAGGAUUCCUCUCUGAUAGUCGGUAUGUUGUACGAAAUACAGUUAAUAACAUAUCAUUGUACACAUCAGAGUAUGAGAAGCUUGAUGUUUCAUUCAACACUCUAGAUGACAGUGUCGGUGGACAUGGUGGUCUCACUGUAGACAGUAAUGAUCUGAUCUAUGUCAGCUACAGGAGAGCCAAGAAGAUCCAGGUAUUCUCACCAGCAGGCGGGAAGGCGAUCAGGGAGAUUCAAUGUAAUGCAUAUGAGCCAAGCCAAAUCACAAGUUAUCGUGAUUCAUUGAUCGUUCAACGGAAUGGCAAAACGACAAUCCGUAUCGAUAAACAGGGUGAUGUUACGCAUAGAGUAGUCAGUUCGAGUGGUCAUAUCCUCUUUGCUAGUGUGACUAAAGGUAAUUUAGUUCUGAUUGCCUCUGUUAGACACGCAGAAGGGCUGCUCAAUAUCGAUGAGUACACCAAUGACCUGAAUCACGUCAAGAAUGUCAUCUCUGAUUACAAGAUUAAAAAGUCUGAGAGAAUUUGGUACUACUUUCAGCAGUUCCAAUCAGGAGAGCUAGGCUUCUGUACAUCGGAGAGGCUCUACAUAUUUAACCUAUCCACCACUCCAGUUAACCAGUGA